AUGAGACCGACAGCAUGGCUCGCCGAAAGCAAAGCCAUUGCGAGCAUGGCGCUUUCCCAACGAUCAGUUCGCGCACUGGACCGUCUCCGCACAUAUACGCCCCCGCCGACGCAAUGGUACAAUUGCCCCCUUACUAGACGCGCCGCCGUCCUCAUAUUGCUCUUUCCAGACCGGCAUGGAGAGCUCAAGGUGGUCCUUACGAUGCGGAGCGCGCAGUUGCGCAACUACGCAGGACAAGCUGCGCUGCCUGGAGGCAAAGCUGACACGCUCGACGAAUCUCCAUGGGACGUCGCGCGUCGCGAAGCGGAUGAAGAGAUUGGUCUUCCUAUGAAUGAAGAGAAACUUCGCGGUUUUACUGUGGAACACCUUUGCGAACUGCCCGCAAAUCUGGCGAAGACUGAACUUGGUGUGCGGCCCUGCGUCGCGUUCCUAAGCCCGACCCAGGCUUCAUCGAACAAAUCUGCUUCCUCGGAAGCUAGUAACCUCUCUGUUGAAGAGAAGCUCAUGCCGCGCCUCGACCCUAGAGAAGUCGCUGCCGUUUUCACUGCGCCUUUUCACAACUUCUUGCGCAAGGAGUGGGAGGGUGAAGGCCCACCACCGGUCCAGAAAGACGGCAGGCCCGAGAAGUGGUAUCGAGGUUCUUGGACAAAUUGGCACGAAUCACGCUGGCGAAUGCACAACUUCUACAUGCCACGGCCUCCUCCUUCCCCCACCCUCCUACGUAAACCCUCGCGAUCCUCUCCGCGAUCCUCGCCAGAGGUUUUGCCGCAACAAAAGCUGCCAGAUGGAGAUGAUCCGAGACCGGAACCUAGCGCGAUCGACACCCUGACGACGUUUCGAGUCUUUGGUAUGACAGCUAGAAUACUAGUUGACGCGGCCAGAGUAGCAUAUGGCGAAGAGCCAGAGUUUGAGCACAACAGUCAUCACGGAGAUGAAGAGAUGAUAGGAAGGUUGUUGAAGAUGGGUAGACUUAGUGAAGUGAGAAAGAAAGGCGAAGUACUGACCCGUGAAGUGCUCCGAGAGGCUAGUAAGAUGUAG